UCACUUCCUCUGCCAAUUUCUUUUCUUUUCUGUGAUUUUAUUUGGCUGUUUGAACACCCGUUCAUCCAUUCCAUGAUCCGUCUCUCCAAGAGCCGCCUCAUCGUCUCCUCCAUGGAAGAAGCGGAGGAAAAAGAGUCCUUUGUCUGUAUCCCAUACGUAAAACCAAAGAAACCCUUCCCCGUUGUCUUACACUCCUCCGCUUCCCUUUAUUCCUGCCUGAAACCAGAGAUUCCUUCCUUCUCGUGCUGGAUAUCAAUCUCCUCUCCUCCUCUUUCCCCAAUAAAAUCUCGGCCUUUAGACAAUGGGACAGGGGAAGGUAGUAGUGGUGGUGGUGGUGGGAUCGAUAAGAGCUGCCGGCAAUGGCUGCCGAUGCUCCUUCCGAGACCCUCGAGUACACCCCAACUUGGGUGGUGGCGACGGUAUGCAGCGUCAUUAUCAUCAUCUCCCUCACCGCAGAAAGAUCGCUGCAUUGCCUGGGAAAGAUAUUGUUGAAGAAAAAGCAGGAUGCGCUUAACCGGGCCUUGCAGAAGUUGAAAGAAGAAUUAAUGCUUCUUGGAUUUAUCUCCCUUCUGUUAACUGUCUUUCAAAGUCUUAUUAGCAACAUAUGUGUCCCAAAAAGUGUUUCGUCUUAUAUGCUUCCGUGCAAGGUGGAGAAAUCUACCUCAGUGCAAGAAAUCUAUCAUGGUAUGGGCUUCUACUAUGGACAUCGGUGGAACAAACAGAGGCUAUUGUCCAGUGGUUCCAGUUCUGGCUUCUGCUUGAGUAAGGGCAAAGUUCCAUUGUUAUCCCUUGAAGCAUUGCAUCAACUGCACAUCUUCAUCUUUGUUCUUGCCGUUGUCCAUGUCGUGUUCUCUGCUUCUACAAUGGUACUGGGAGGAGCUAAGAUUAGAAAAUGGAAACAUUGGGAGAAUGCAAUUCAGGCAGAAAUUUCCAAGGAAGAAAUUCAGAAGAAAAAUGAAAGUAAAAUAGAGCAAAAUGAAAAGGAACACAAUGACAAGGAAUAUGAUGACAAGAAACAUGAACCUACUGAGCAAGAUGUGCAAACACAUAAUCAUCACCACGAAUUUGUCAAGGAGCGAACCUUGGGUUUUUGGCAACAGCUGGUUGUUGUGAGCUGGAUGAUAUCAUUCUUCAAGCAGUUUUAUUCUUCAGUGUCAAAAUCAGAUUACAGAGCAUUAAGGGCAGGAUUCGUCAUGAGACACUCUUCAAAUAAAGCAUAUGAUUUCCACAAGUAUAUGAUGCGUGCUCUUGAGGAUGAUUUUAAGAAAGUUGUUGGCAUAAGUUGGUAUCUUUGGCUCUUUGUUGUCAUCUUUUUGCUGAUGAAUGUACAUGGAUGGCAUACAUACUUUUGGUUGUCUUUCUUGCCUCUUAUUCUUUUGCUUGUUGUUGGCGCAAAGCUGGAUCACAUCAUAACUAAGCUGGCUCUUGAGCUACAAGAAAAGCCUCGAGGUCCUAAAGGAGAAACACAACAUGUGAAGCUAUCUAACGAGCAUUUUUGGUUCAAGAAACCUGGAAUUGUCCUUUACUUGAUACAGUUCAUCUUAUUCCAGAAUUCUUUUGAGAUUGCCUUUUUCUUCUGGAUCUGGAGCACUUACGGAUUUCACUCAUGUAUCAUGGAAGGUUUGGGUUACCUCAUUCCAAGACUUGUCAUUGGUGUUAUCAUUCAGGUUCUCUGCAGCUAUAGCACUCUUCCUCUGUAUGCCAUUGUCACCCAGAUGGGUGAGGGGUUCAAAGAGUCUAUUUUUAAUGCAACCGUCCAGCAUACACUGCAUGAUUGGGCAACACAAGUUAAAGAAAAAAGGAAGCAUCAAUAUGGUUUUCUGUCAUUUCUGAAUUUUCAUCGAAAGGACAAGAAGAAUAACAAUGAGAUUCAGAUGCAGACCUUGGCAUCCAGAGCCGCUGAAGCAUCUCACGGUAUUCAGCAAUCAGCUUCCUUGCAAGAGAUUGUUGUGGAAGACCUACAUGCUGUCUAGCUCAGCAUCCUUUAAAAUUGAGUCGAUCUCAAAUGCCCCAAUUACUUGUCUCGAAUAGGGUGUAGGCCUGCGGAGGAAAAAUUGUCUGCAUUUUCCAUGAUGUUUCUCUUCAAUAACAUGUUUCUUUUGACCACCUGUCAGUCAGAAAUGAUCUAUUGGUACCUGACAAAUAUUGGUUACCAAAUAGUUGGUGGUUAUGACCAAAUGAUCUAAGUCAAGACAUACUGGUUUUGCAAAAAGGCUUACAGCUGGGCUUUCAACAACUACAAUCCUCCCGUUUGAGAGAUACAGCUGGAUUUCUGUCCUGGACUGAAGAAGUGUGUUAUAAAAAACAUGUCUUCUCAUCUUCA